AUGCCUCCCAAGGCCGCUGACAAGAAGCCCGCCUCCAAGGCCCCCGCCACUGCCUCCAAGGCACCUGAGAAGAAGGAUGCCGGCAAGAAGACUGCCGCCAGCGGUGACAAGAAGAAGCGCACCAAGGCCCGCAAGGAGACCUACUCCUCUUACAUCUACAAGGUCCUCAAGCAGGUCCACCCUGACACCGGUAUCUCCAACCGUGCCAUGUCCAUCCUGAACUCUUUCGUCAACGAUAUCUUCGAGCGCGUCGCCACCGAGGCUUCCAAGCUUGCUGCCUACAACAAGAAGUCCACCAUCUCCUCCCGAGAGAUCCAGACCUCCGUCCGACUUAUCCUGCCUGGUGAGCUGGCUAAGCACGCCGUGUCUGAGGGUACCAAGGCUGUGACCAAGUACUCCUCUUCCACGAAAUAA